AUGGCAGGCGAGUCGUUGCAGACCGGCGUCUACGCCUGCAUCAUAAUCACGCUCGUCGCGGCCACGGCCACGCUCGCACUGCGCUUCUACGCCCGCAGGAUCAAAAACGUGCCGCUGUGGUGGGACGACUGGUUCGCCAUCUUAUCCUUUUCCGGCUGCAUCGUGUAUGACGUCUCCGUCUUCUUCCUCAUCACGAAAGGCUUGGGCCUUCAUUUGGAUGACCUGCCCGUGCCGGUGGAGGAGGCGCGGUACUACCAGCGCAUGGUGCAAGAGAUCGAGGAGCACGCGUACACCAUCGCCAUCGGCGCCGCGCAGCUGUCGCUCCUCGCGCUCUACUGGCGGCUCUUCCAGGCCAUCACGCCUGCGCGACUCGCAAUCUUGCUGCUCACGGCGCUGGCGUCGACGUGGUUCAUUGUACGAAUCUUCGUGGCCGUCUUUCAGUGCUACCCGCCUCGCUUUUUCUGGGACAAGAGCAUCCAGGGGAGAUGCACCGUGAAUCCGGCCCAGUUCUUCCUCUGGUCGGUGUCGACCCAUCUGGCUCUGGACUUGGCCUUGAUCGCCCUUCCGGCAAGCCAAAUCAGCCGCAUGUCCCUGCCCCUUGUGCAGAAAGCAGCCAUUCUCUGCAUGUUCAUGUUUGGCUUCAUGGUCAUGAUCGGAUCCAUCAUGAUGCUCGUCGUCUCCUCCAGCUACGACUCCUACGCCGACGACACCAUGUGGAACUGCACACCCGUCGUCGUCUGGUCCGCCGCAGAAGUCCACCUCAGCCUCAUGACCUGCAAGUGCUGCCUCCCCAUCCUCCGUCCCAUCGUCGUCGCCUUCGGCGGCUGGUGGAGCCAAAACUUCUGCUCCCGCGGCACCGGCCAGUCGUCCUCGUCGCGCAGCGUCCAGAUGGGCCGGUUGUCGCGCAGCAGCAGUGCGCGCAGGAGGAGGAAGCACAGGAUGGCCACCGCCGCCACCGACUCGACCUGCCAGCUGGCCACGACGACGACGACGAGCGAAGCGGUCAACGAGACGACGUACAUAUACGGCCAGGGGUCCGGGCCGGACACGGUGGUCGAGGGGACGCGCAGGUCCGAGGACGAGGAUGCGCUGGAGGCCGGGACGGCGGCCGAGGCGGGCAUCAAAGUCAAGUAUGAAGUGACGAUGGAUUUUACCGAGUCAGAGGAUGCGGCCGGAUCUCGCGGGAGAUGCGAUACCCAUUGA